AUGUCGCGCCAUCAACUGGAUCUAGUUAUGUGUAUGAAGCAGCCUGGGACUCACAUUGGCUUGCUUUGUGAGAAAUGCGACGGGAAAUGUCCAAUAUGUGACACCCUAGAGAGACCAAGAAGUAAAGUCAGAAUUUGCGAGCAGUGUGCUUUCGGCAGAAGUGGCAUAAAUUGCAUAAUAUGUGGAUCUACCGGUGUGACAGAAGCUUUUUACUGUUGGGAGUGCUGUAGGCUUGAGAAAAGCCGUGACGGUUGUCCUAGGAUUAUAAAUAUUGGUAGUAACAGGACUGACAAGCACUUCGAAAAAAAGACUUUGAGUAAUAGAUGA